AUGAAGCGAUCAGCACCGCCACCGCGAGGCUCAAUAUCUCCACCAGCAGUCAAGCGAAAGAUUGAAUCAACUACGACCAAUAAAGCAGUGGCGAGUUUCUUCAAGCCCGUCUCUCAGAAAGAGCCGGAGAAAUUGACAUGGCGAAUUGUUGCCAACAGUCUCAUUGUCGGUCGAUAUGAUGCACCAAAUGUACCGCCUGAAACCCGAACGCUGCGCGUCAAGAUCGCCGCUUUCGACCUCGACGACACCAUCAUAAUGCCCAACAUUGGCAGCAAAUGGGCACGAUCAGCGACCAGUUGGAGAUGGUUCGACACAUCAGUUCCUGGUCGACUAAAGCAACUGUAUGACGAGGGCUAUAUUGUUGUCGUACUAAGCAAUCAAGGAAACAUCAGCCUCAAGGACAACGCCAAAAGUCUUCAAAAGGAUACUGCAAGCUUAGGCAACCUCAAAAGCCAAAUUGCUGCGGUCUUCAAACAGCUUGACUUUCCGGUCAGUUUCUAUGCGGCAACUGCGCAAGACCGAUACCGAAAGCCUCGCACUGGCAUGUGGGAAGAGAUGCUCGAGGACUAUGACCUGCACGUCGAAGGUGUAGUCGAUCUUGCCAAUUCCUUUUACAUUGGUGACGCUGCCGGAAGGGAGAAGACUGACAAGAGGAAAAAAGACCAUGCCACUUCUGACAGAGACCUGGCCGCGAAUAUUGGCAUCAAAUUUCAGACACCAGAAGAGUUCUUUCGCAAUGAAAUCACGGAAUCCUACGAGCACGUCUUCGAGCCUGUCAGAUACCUUCAAAUCGGUUCAUCUGAGACCGCAUCGAAGCACGGCACCGUAAUUGCGCCAUUCAAGAAGAACAGCCCCCAAGAAUUGGUCAUCUUCUGUGGCUCGCCAGGCGCAGGCAAGAGCACCUUCUUCUGGGAUGUGCUACAGCCAUUGGGCUAUGAGAGGGUGAACCAAGAUAUCCUCAAAACGCGCGACAAAUGCAUCAAAAAGGCCAGGGAGUUCCUGGACGCAGGUCUGUCUGUGGCUGUCGAUAAUACGAAUGCGGAUAUUGAAACUCGAAGAUACUGGAUCAACCUUGCUCGAGAAUACAAUGUGCCUAUCCGAUGCGUCCGCUUCACGGCCACUUCGCGCCUGGCCGAGCACAAUGAUGCUGUCAGAGCCUUGAACUCAAACACGAUGAACCCUGAGAAACGUACCAUGUUACCAGGUAUAGCCUUCAGGUCUUUCAUGCAACGACUUCAAGACCCAUCCCUCAAAGAAGGGUUUGAAGACAUCUACAAGGUCGAUUUCGAGUUCAAGGGUACUGAUGAGCAGAAGAAUUUAUGGUCCAGAUACUGGGUCUCCAAAUUCUCAACAUGAACGCCGGAGAAUCAUUAUCAUACUUGCGCUCAGUCUCCGAACUAAGUAGACAUUGCACCUCGACAUUGCAAGUUGGACAUGCUUUAAAGAACAUUUCCAGACGAUAUGGGUAUUCUCACCACACUCAAAUACGGGAUCUCCCCUACCCACUUUUGAAAGUCGACCAAUACCACUGUUCUGGUCGGCGGAAAACGAGAAGCUCAUGAAGAAAUGGGACAUGAAGCAGACGAGAUAUCGAACGACUAACAACAUCUCUGAAAGAGGUCACCGCAUCGACAGACAGCUUACCGCAGAAAAAGCUUCCAUCACGGCAUACUCCGCAACCUCGAAAUAUAUGCAGGUGGUGCGACUGGCCCGUGCGCCAACAUCAGCCAGCGUAUCUUGAAGACCGCCGUGGACCUCCAUCUGGGCACCCAGACCCUGAAGAUCAAAGCGUCUCGAACGGAACGG